CACGUGCCAUUGUCGUCAUACUACAUUCAUCCAUUCAAGAGAUAGUGUUACAACGCAAAAUUGUCAUACUCCUCUCAUAUUCCUCGCAGAGUAGGCUGUGACAUCACACUAUUAAAUGUCAGGUCAAAAUAAUCAACUCAAAAUAAUAAAAACAGAGUUUCAAAAUUGAUAUUAAAAAAUCAUGUUGAAGCCAAAAGCUCUCACUCAAGUACUUAGUCAAGCUAAUACAGGCGGCGUUGAAAAUACUUUAUUAUUAAACAGAGAUGGUGGUUUAUUAGCUUAUAGUGGUUAUGGAGAUAAAGAUGCAAGAGUAACCGCUGCUAUUACAAGCAACAUUUGGUCAGCUUACGAAAAAAAUGGACGAAAUGCAUUUAAGGAAGAUGAAUUACAAUUUGUGUUGAUGGAUUGCGCGGAUGGAAAAGUUGUAAUUACUGAAGUAGCCAAUCUAUUAUUAUGUUUAUAUGCAAAAGAAAAUGUGGGAUUUGGUUUGUUAAGAGAAAAAGCACAGGCUUUAGCAAGAUAUCUUGAUCAGCCACUGAAAAUAAUAGCCAACAUGCCUUAACAAAAAAGUAUAUUUACAAAUUUAUUUUGUUAUGACCUUAUGCUUUGAUAUUAAUUAUCUUUUAAUAAAAAUCGGUACACAAUUCUAUCAUAGAAAUGAAAUAUUUUUAAUUGAUGAAAAGUAUGAGUAAGAGUUUUUAAAUUAAAAUCUAUAAAAUAGUCAUAAAGACAACUCUAAUAUGUGUCACUAUUAUUGUUAACUUUUUUUUCAAUUACAUAUGUGUCAUCAAUUAACUGAUAUUGAAUCGUGUAGCUAUUUGUUUAUUUAAAGUACAAUUAAUACAAGUAAUUAUUCUUAAUAUAUUAUUAUAGUUCAUAUAGUACACUAUAAUAAAAAUUAUUCAAAUGGUUUGUAUAAAUGUCUAUAAUAUGUGUAUGUACAAUAUUAAAAACCUUAUGUAACGUGAUUGUUUUAAUAUUUAUAUUUCAUUUAAAAAGUGUUCUCAGUUAUAUUUUUACCAACUUCAUAUUAACAAAAUGUUUUGUUAGUAUUAAUUUAUCAUAAAUGUUAUUUUAUGAAAUUUGUGUUGUAUCUUGAGUAAUACAAUGAAACUUUAUUUUCAAACAAAUAUAAUGAAUUGUAUAAUUAUUCAGUCAUACUGAAUUUAUUGCGAGUUACAAGUAGCAGAACACUUGAAUAACCAUAA